AUGAAAAUUUUCAGACAUUUAUUAUUAUACUUAAAUAUAUACUUUAGAAAUGUUUACACAUCCUCUAUACUUAAAUGCCCUAUUUUUUUUAAUAUAAAUAAAAAAAAUUAUAAAUCAUUUGAUUGUAGAUGUUUAGUAAAAAUUGAAAGUAGAAAUAUCUAUAAUUUUAUUAACAAAAAUAAUAAGAGAAGAAAUAAAUUUAAAAAUUUCAUUAAUUUAUAUUCUUUAAACUUUAUUUUGAAUAAAGAAAAAAUAAGAAAAAAAAAAUAUAUAUUUAUUCUUAAGAAAAGCAUUAACAAAGAAAAUGGAAUAUUUCCUGAAAAAAAAAAUCUAAAAAAGCACGAAAAUAAAUUAGAGACUCUAGAUUUAAGUAAAAAUUAUGAUGAUUACAUAAAUUUGAUAGAAUUUGGUGAUCUAUCUUUUUUUUAUGAGACCUAUGUAAAUAGAAAAUUUUAUUUUUAUGAAAGUAUUAUCAAAUAUAUUGAAGAACAUAAACAUAAUUUUAUAAGUAUUAAUUCGAAAGAUGAAAAUACAGAAAAAAGAACGAUUAUAGAUAAAAAUUAUAUACAUAUUAGAGGGAGAAUAGAAAAAAAAAUUAAACAGUCCAAAAGAAUUUUUUUAUAUUUAAGACAAGAUUACGGUUUAUAUUUAACUUGUAUUUAUGAAAAAAAAUUAAAAAAUGAAAAAUUAGAUGAUAUGUUUAAAUAUAUUAAAAGUUUAAAAAAUGAAAGUGUUGUUGACAUUAUUGGAAAUAUAAAAGUUCAUGGGGAUCUGCAAAAAAUGAAUGUUUCUUACAUAGAAAGUUUACGAAAUCAGAAAAGUUUAGAGAUUAUCAUACAUAAAAUAUUUUGUAUAUCCGAAUCUUUUUUUAAUAUACCUGUUAUAAUUAACGAUAAUAGUUUUUUAAAUGAAAUGAAAAACAUUCCAAAUUUAAAUUACAGAAAUUUGAAAGAAGCUGGAAGAGAUGAUAAAGAAACAGAUGUACAAAGAAAUGAAAAAGAUGAGGAAAACACAAAAAAAAUAGUAGUAAAUUUUAAUUUUUCAAAGGAUGAUAAUAAAUAUAAUAAAAUAGAAGAAAAAACUACAGAAAAAAAUGAAAAUGAUAAAAAUAAUAUAUAUAUCUAUGAAAAUAGAUCAAAUGAUUCAUUUAUAAAUGAUGAUGAAAUAAUAAACUCCAAUGAACAUAUUUUAAAAUUACAUCAUUUUUGUUUAAAUUAUAGAAAUUCAGUAAAUCAUAUAAUUUUUAAUAUUAAAAGUAAAUUAUCUGAAAAGUUAAAAAGCUUAUUGUAUAAAGAUAAUUAUAAAGAAGUAUUCACAUCGAAACUUAUAAAGAUUAAUAGAAAAAAUAAAGUUAAUAAUAGAGAAUCAGGUGAAAAUUUUGAUAUUAAAAUGAAUAAAAAAAAAGAAGAUAUAAAUAAAAAGAGUACAGAAAAAACUUUUAUUGAAUUGAAUGGUUCAGAAGGUGGAAGUAACUGCUUUAAAAUUGAAAAUGAAAAUUUAUUGCUAGCUCAAAGCCCUCAAUUUUAUAAACAAAUGCUAAUAAAUUCAGAUUUUGAAAAAAUUUUUGAGAUGAAUUAUUCAUAUAGAAAUGAAAAUUUUCAUACUUCAAGACACUUGAAUGAAUUUAUUUCACUAGACAUAGAACAAGUGAUUUAUGAUAAUUAUUACGAAAUGAUUAUUUAUAUGUAUGAUUUACUAAAAUAUUUAAAUAAUUAUUUAAAUCAGAUUUUUCCUCAUGAAUUAAAUUUAAUUAAUUUAAUUCAAAGAAAUAAAAAAGUAACUUUUGAAAAAAGUAAAAUUUCAAAAAAUCCCAUUGUAUUAUCCUUUUGCGAAGCUCAUGAAAUACUUGAUAAAUAUUACUUAAAAAAAAAUUCAUUUGACAAAUAUAUAUAUAAUGAUACGUAUAAGAAAUAUAUUAGAAUCCUUAGUGAUGAAGAAAGAAAUAUAUUAAAAAAAAAAAUAACAUUUGAACCCUGUGAAAAUAAUAAAUUGCAUAAUGUUUAUUAUUACAAAAAAAUUGUAAGUAAAUAUAAAAUAAAUAUAAAAGAAAAUAAAAAUGAAAGAGAAAAUGGCUCUUCAAAUGUGUAUAAAUUUUUAAAUAAUUUAAAUAGAGACGAGUUAUAUAAAACUAUAUUGUUAUUCUUUAAUAAAAUUUAUGAAAACUCUUUUGUGAAAAAAUGUAGUGGUAACAAUUACUAUUACAGUAAUGAAAAUGAUAUUGAAAAAAAGCAUGAUUAUAUAAAUUAUAAUUUAAAUCACACAAACAUUAAUGACUUUAUCGUAGAUAACAAUUGUUCACAAAUAUAUAAUAAUACAUAUAAUAGUUACUACAAACGUUGUGAUAUUAAUGAAGAGAAGAAAAUAGAUUCUAAAACAGAAGUAAGUAAUUAUAAUUUUUUAAGCUUGUUGAAUAGUUUUCAAGGGGGAAAAAAAAUAUAUGUGAAACAAGCAUUAGAGUAUAUGAAUCUAAAAGAUAAAUAUCUCUUUUAUGAUGAUUUUACAAAUGACCAAUUAAAUUACAUAUAUCUAUUUCUAAAGUAUAAUUAUGAAACGGAUUUAUUUAUAAUUGAUCAGUAUCCUAUAUAUCUCCGGCCUUAUUAUACCUUAAGCAAUAUGUAUGAUCUCAGAUUUACAAAUAGUUUUGAUUUUAUUUACAAAGGGAUCGAAAUUAUAUCAGGUAGCCAAAGAAUUAAUAAUUUGCCUAUUUUGUUAUUUAAAGUACUAAAAGAAAAUAAAAAUACUGAUUUAUUAAAAUAUUUAAACAAAGCAGAUUUUACAAUUAUCGAUUAUUUGAAUCACUUUCAAAAUAUAAUAAAUAAAAAUUCAACCUUACAUAAAUAUUUCAAUUCAUUUCAAUUUUCUUCUAAACCACAUGGAGGCUUAGCUUUAGGAUUUGAAAGAUUUUUAAUGUCAAUAUUAAAUUUAAGAAAUAUAAAAAGUGCUAUUUUUCAAGACUAA